AAUUUAAUCACCGUGUGCAGGUUCUCGGUGAAAACGCUGAUCGACCGGUCUUGUUACGAAACUAUAGAUGACACCUCGUCGGAGUUCAUCAACUUUGUCUCUAUUCUGGAACAGAUCCUCAGCCAUCGGCUCAAAGGUAGGACCCCGAGACUACAUUCAGACUGCACACAUACUGAGCGUGCUAAUGACAGACCCAACCCCAUACAGACAUCAUAAUUACCACACAGUGGGUGUGUCUGGAAUGUAAGAUUGGUGCCAAAUAAGGCUGUAUUUGGAGGCAUCAAGCUCUGGAUUGAAGGUUUGCAUUGAACACUGCCUUCUGAGGUGCCUUUAUCGUUUUUGAAGGCAGCAUACAUCAGUAUUUUAUCAUCCACUGUCCUACUUAUCCCAUAAACUUGUACAUCAGCAGGCAGGCUGUAAUUAAUGUAGCAGUUUGUGGGCACAUGGGUUACAGUGUUUUUGUUAUUUAACGUACGGUGCAUGCGUUCAUAAGCAUGAAAAUGCAUGUUUAAAAAAAAACAAAAUUCCUAGGUAAAAAGCAUUUGACCCUAGGAUGAUGAGAGUAAAUUAUCAUUUUGUUUAAAGAUCUUAUUUUUUACAUUCGGUACUGCCAUUCAGAAGCUAUAUAAGGUAUUUACAUGUUUCCCAGAAGACAAAAUAAUAACAAUUUACACCGAUCAUCCUGCUCAAAAGUUUACACCCCCCUGGCUUUUAAUGUAUCGCGUUGUCUUCUUGAGCAUCAGUGAAUGAUUGGACCUUUUGUAAUAGUCAUGUACGAAUCCCUCAGUCGUCCUCAGUCUGAAGAGAUGGAUUUCGACACAUAUAGCUGCUGUUAGAAAGGAGUCAAAUAUGCAGAAGAUUCUGGAAAAGUAAAGAAUGUACAGGACCUGGAGGAUUUUUCUGAAGAACAGUGGGCAGUUUAACAGCUCAGGACAAACAAGGGACUCAUGAACAACUAUCUCAAAACAUAAAAACAGUCGCUGAUCAUCAAAGUAACGACACACAGGAUUAAUAAUCGAGCAUGUGUAAACUUUUGAACUGGUUCAUUUGUGUAAAUUCAGUUAUUAUUGUGUCUUGUGGACUAUAGUGUGUAAACUUCACUCUAUUUUUCCCAGUGACACUUUAUUCUCAUCUUAUCUAAUGGAUUUUAGUUAGUGACUGUUUGACGUAUGUCGGUAACCUGGCAACAUUGCGAUGUACGCUGCCUUCAAAUGCCAGUGUCCGAAUCCACUGUUGUGUUGUUCGUAUGCUCGUUCUUCUCCGUCGUAAAACGAUGCAGGCGAAGCGUUAUAUAUAAUUCAGCAGGAAACUAUUUUAAGUGGCAUUAAUGUUUCUUCGUGUGCUGUUUGUCAGACAAAUAGGAAGUUAAGUGAUUGGACACUCGCAGUGGAAAUUGUUCUUUUUCUGCACAUACGGUGUAAACAAAAUUACAUUUCCAUUAUAUGUCAUUAGACACCUGAGAUACAGCUGUCAGUAAAACCCAUUAGCUUUCCUCUGGCAUUAUACAUGUGGAAGCAGGGACACGGACGAUCUCAUUUUUCUGGUAGCAGGCAGCACGGAGCAUACAGUGACUUGCAAAAAUACAGAAAGAAAAUCAGAAUACAUGCAGAGGUUAGAGUGCCACGCAGUAUUUCUGUCCUUUUGUGAUUUAUUAUUUAUUAGGAACAGGUGUACACCUGCAGGUUCAUGGACUUAUCUGAUCAGCCAAUCAUGUGGCAGCAGCACAAUGCAUAAAAUCAUGCAGAUACAGGUCAAAUCACUUGGUUUGGCUAUGAGAGUCCACGCAGUUUCUGGGAUUAUGUGCGUGUGGCCUGUAGCAAAGUCCCUCACAGCUGCAUCCCAAGCAUUGAGAGCAUGGAGAAUGUACGUAGCUCAAGAGCCAAGGGCCGUGCAUGGAUCCGAGUUACUUUGAUGGAGAAACGGCUCUCUGAAUAUAUAUCCGCUGCCUUGAGAGACUUCAAAACCACAAGAAGGUUUUAUGAGGAUGGUGCGAUAGUGCUGGGAGAGGAAGCGGGGGUGCUGGCAGAUACUCUCAUUGGACUAAACGCUAUUGAUUUCAGCUUUUGUCUGAAGGGUGAGAGUUUGGAUGGAAGCUGUCCCGCUGUGAUUGACUACACACCUUACCUCAAGUUCACGCAAACCUCGGACAGCAUCAGCAGUGACGAGGAGGAGAUGAGGACUCUGGGAAGCAGUGGCAGCGAGGCCAGCACUCCGGAGUCCAACAUGGCCGCCUGCUUGAGCACGGACCUGAGCAGCUGGUACAGCAAGUGCAAACGGGUGGAGCAGAAAUACAGAGUGGUGCUGGAACAAAAGGGUUAUCUGGAGGAGCUGGUUCGUCUGAGGGAGGCUCAGCUCUCGGAGUCCGUCUCCCAAAAUAAAGCUUUAAUGCAGCGUUUUGCAGAAGCCGGCAUCGGCCAUAAACUGGAGAAAGAACAGCUGGAGUUCAUCAUCCUGGAGCUCCAGGACCAGCUCAGAACUGUACUGAAGAACCAUGACCUGCGAUCCAGACAGGAGCUCACCUCUCACCUGACCAAUCAGUGGCCCUCACCCGGUGCCGUGGACAGCAACGCCGUCGCUCUAGACACUCUCCUCUACCAGAAGCGCACGGGACGCUGGGAAGAGAAGAGCUUUCCGAGUCUGGACCAGCUGUCCGCCGAUAUGAGUCUGUCUCAGAUGUCCCUGGAGCCGGGACACACACACACGCAUAGUCUAGAUGGCAAGACCGGACUCGCCUCCUGGCACAGAGAAGGUAAAGAGGACACGCCGUCUCUCAGAGGUCUGUGUGGGUCUCUUACUUCAGUGGCCAGCUAUAAAUCUCUGGCCAGCCUGAAGUCCAGUGAGUAUCUGGCGAGUCCGACUACGGAUAUGACAAGCCCAGGGCUCACUCCUUCCUAAACACGUGCUCACACACACGUACACACACAUCCUGUACAUAUACAUGUAUUAUAGUUAUUUAACCAUAAACUGAAAGCCUAGUAUUCAAUUUUUAUUUAUUUAUUUUUUUCAAACAGUCUGAGAAUCAGACUCUGUUACUGGACCAGAUCUGACUGCACUGUGCUUGAUCACAUGAUCAAAGCUAAAUCAUGGAAAACUACCUAAAAGCUUGGCAUCAGUAUUAGUCUUGUGGCUUUUAAUGUACAAAUCUGCUUAAUUCUCUUCCACAUCUUUCCAGCUUAAAACACUAUGCUACAGGGGUGGACAAAUCAUAACUUCUUUAGCAAGUAAAACCUCCAGUGUGCUGCCAAGUUCCAUGUUUAGUUGCGUGAAAACCUAACUGACGCGGCUAAAAUGUGGAACUUAAUAACGUAACGUAAUAACGCACGGCAGCUCGGUUAGCUUGUUAAGUGCAUUAAUUGUUCAGAUUAGUUGUUUGAUUUACAUGUUGCACGCUCUAUUAUGUACUAGCUUUGAUUAGCAUUUUACGUUGACAUUUUAUGGCAUUUGGCAGACGCCCUUCUGCAGAGUGACUUACAUUUAUACAUCGGAGCAGUUGAGGGUUAAGGGCCUUGCUGAGGGGCCCAACAGUGGCAGCUUGGCGGUGCUGGGGUUUGAACAACAUCUUAACCAUGGAGAUACCACUGCCCCAGACUAGCAGAUUAGCAAAGCAAGCUAAGUAGAGUCUCUGCAAGUUCCGUACAAAGCCAUAUUUUUUGUCGUAAUGCCUUUUUACAUACAUUUACUGAGAGGUCAUGUGCGUCAGGAUAAGAUGAAUCCAUGCUAGUUUUUCCCCUCAAGUGUUUCCUGAAUUUUUAGACAGUAAAUGGGAACUAAUUGCAUUUAAAAAAAAAAAAAAGUUAGACCACACAUGCCUGAGAAAUCGAUUCGAGGAAAUUAUUUGGAUUUGCCACAUUACUGAUUCGUUUGCAGUCCUAAUUUGUGUGGAAUUCAGAAUCUACUAAAUAAAUAAAUAAAGUCGCACUGUCACUCUCAUAACUGAAAUCGUAGAACGUACGUACAGUACGUAAAAAAUUAACGGUCACUUUGUUGCUCACUAACGUGAACGGAGGGUAAGAAAACGAUCGAGUGUACAUGAAAUGGUUUCCCGGUCAGUCAGGUGCGUCACGUAGUGCAAGCCGGCACUGUCAUGAAGGGCAUCACCUUUAGAUGAAGAACAUGGAAACUUCUCCAUCGGGUAACUACGAAUACAAACGUGAAUAUCCCAUGCACAUGAUCCACUGGUCCCAGGAGCACAUGCUGGUGAUUUGUCCACCCCUGUUUAUUAUCUAUUUCUUGGUCACAUUCACUGAAUAAACCGCAGCUGUGUUUAAUGUAUUCGGUUUAAACUCAGGAACUGCAGCGGACAUUAAAAAAAAAAAAAAAAGUCUACACACCCAUAUUAAAAUGGCAGGUUUUUGUGAAGUAAAAACAAUGAAACUGAGCUGAAUUGUGUCAGAACUUUUUCCACCCUCGGUGUGAAAUUACAACGUGUAAGCACGGUCGCCUCACACCUCCAGGGUCCGGGGUUCGAUUCCCACCGUGACCCUGUGUGUGCGGAGUUUGCAUGUUCUCCCCGUGCUGCGGGGGUUUCCUCCGGGUACUCCGGUUUCCUCCCCCAGUCCAAAGACAUGCACGGUAGGCUGAUUGGCGUGUCUAAAGUGUCCGUAGUGUAUGAAUGGGUGUGUGAGUGUGUAUGUGAUUGUGCCCUGCGAUGGACUGGCACCCUGUCCAGGGUGUACCCCACCUUGUGGCCGAUGCUCAAUGGGAUUGGCUCCAGGUUCCCCGUGACCCUGAAGAAGGAGUAAGCGGUAGAAGAUGGAUGGAUGGUUGCAUAAGUGUGCACACCCCUAAACUAAUACAC